AUGUUUCGCUUCUACAAGUUGUACUCGUUGUACAUGAACAACAUGGUCAGUGGGGUAACUUGGCCGCGGGAGUGGUGCCUGUGCGAGAAACUGCCGCGGGCGGUGCUCCACAUUCCGGUGAACCGUCAUCUGCUCUGCCAGGUGUGCGGAUUGGCCAGGCGCCCCGAGGCUGGACUCGGUUCCGCCAGCGAUGAGGACGCAGAUCAGGGCGCCGAGCACCAGACGAAUAUCCAUGAGCAACGCCACGUGGAGGAGCCCAGAAAAGGCCAAGUGACUCGGGUAAAGGUAGCCAUUAGGGGAAAGAAGCCGAAAGCCAAGCAUAGCUGCCGGACGAACUGCCUCAAGUGUGGUGGCUUAGCCAGAGCAGAAGCUGGCCACGAAACUAUUGAAGCGCCCAAAGUGGUAAGGAGCAAGUUGUGCCCGGGGCUUCAUGGCUUGUACUCGAAACCGAAGGGUAUGCCCCGUCGACAGCAGGUGCCCCAAGCACCGCCACCUUCGACGCCAUCGUCAUCUCCAACGCCUUCAUCACCGCCAUCGCCCCCAGCACCACCACGACCUCCUCGCCUAGCAUCGGAGUCACCACGUUCGGAAAUGCCAAGCCUGGUGGCCAUGGCCCACACCGUUUUCAAUCCGAAAAACAACCUACUACACAACUACAGCAAUCUAUUUGUCAGCAACUUUAUACCGUUGCAGAGUCCCAUUACAGACACCUUUGGAGGAGCUAUCUCCAAGAGGAGCAGGAACAGCACUCGUCCUCCGCGCAGCCACAGGAGUCGCCCCUUGCCACCUCUUUCCAAAGUACUAACCAACAUCUUGAGCAGCCAAAACUCGACGGAAGGCAGAGAGCUGGGUGGUGGAUUGAGCAGCUCCACGGACCCCAAGGACUCCAAGGCUACCGAUUACAAGCUGGCCAGCCAGUUCUGCCCAUUCGAGCAGUAUGAAGGUCCCUCGGAAGAUGCUCUUGUUGGGAAUAGCGCUCGUUAUAUACUCCAUCGCCCGAAAUCGCUGCACAUCGAACCACGCCAGGACUUGCCCAACAAUCGCAUUGAAUCCUUGAACUUCAAGUGGAGCUCAGCCUCUUCAGCCAAGGACGUCCCGAAUCCGAUGGCUGACAAUCUAUCAGGAAUCCUAUUCAUGACGCAUUCAGUUCGUAAAACGAGCCCACUGAACAGCUUGCCCUCCGACCCAGCAGUUCUUGAGCAGGCCACUCCAGAAUAUAAGCCGGAAGAGUCUGAAAAGCCCGAGAGAUCCUCUAUUUUAGCCUUCAUCAUGGACGAAGUUUUCUGCUCACAUGGAAACGGCGAGGGCGACAAAAUCCCUGAAUUGGAGGAAAUUAAUAAGACGAUCAGCGACAUGUUCAUCGAGGACUCCGAAACUGUAUCUUUGAAAAGUGAUGUAUCAAAUGAGCAAACUGUAUUUUCUUCAAAUAAAACAAACCACUACGAAGAUUAUUCCCAACCCGUUUCAAGCACACUAAGCAGUUCUAUCUGGGCACGAUGUGAUAAAAAAGAUGACAGUGCCAAAUCCAAACCGUCAUUAUAUAAGUGUGCCCGCUGCGGGCAGCAUAAACAGCGUGAGGAUAUGGUUACUAAAAUUAAAACAGAGUAUAGUAGAAUUCCUAGAAAUCCCGAUGCUUCCAUUAACACAGAUACUAAUGAAAUCAGGCUGCAUAAAAAAACAGGAAUCGCAACAAAGCAAAGACUCAAUAGCGUAAGAUCACUUUCUCUAGUACAAGAAUUUAUAAAAGUGAAAGACGAAAAGGAGAAAUCGCCAAAAAUGGCAGACCAAGGAUUAAUCCCAGAGAUUUACAGGGAAAAUCCACGUAUUCCAAGGCCAAGAGCUCCGGAAGAAAUCCCGAAUGGGAGCAUUAUACAAGAGCAACCUCUAAAUACAAAGAUUCAAAGAAAAGGACAACGAAUUUGUCAUCAGAAUUUUAAAAUGCAUAGAACUUUGAAGUAUAGAAAAUUACAAGAAAAAGAAUAUAAAAUGGACACUAUACCAAAUCAAACGCCAUUGAGUGUUAACCCUAGUCCACCCAUAAUCAAUGAUCAACCAAGCAAAACUCUUUCCAAGAUAAUCCCACCUCAAGUACCGGCUAAUAACAUUCGAUUAUGUAGACAUAAGGAACCAUCGACCAACAUCGGAGUGAUACAAACCUUCGAUACCGUAUCGCAUCAGUGUCAAGAGAUCCCCAAAAUACAGGUGGCUACCUUCGUAAGGGAGUUGGUGGAUAUCGGUCAAACCAUGCACUGCUAUAUUAAGGAAGAUAUUCCUCCGGACUAUCCUCCGUCUCUCUUUGAGUUCCGUUUGCCUGACAUUAGUGCCACCGAACUGCUAUCUUAUCGAAAUCUUGGUGAAAGUUCGGAUGAUAAGAGCGGAAGCGGUACUCCUAUACCCCACACAGCAAGUCCAAAGAAACUACCAUCUGAGGGAAUCCAAAAGCCUAAAAUCCACAAAAAUACGAGUCUACCUGUUAGUCCAGACCAUCCACUAAAAUAUGAAAGUCGCGCGAUUCAGUACGAAGAACUUGAAUUAUCGUUCACCACUCGGCAAACAGAUAGUUUUAGCCAAUCUAAUGACAAAGCGCUUGAAUAUGAAACCCAAAUGGUGCAUAAGAAGAAGAUACAUACCAGCACCUACUAUGCUCCCCAUAUUUCCGAGGCAGAUAUUAUUUGUGGCAUGAGGGCAGAGGAGGAUAGAAUGACUCAGCCAAUAAAAUUAAUAGAUGCCAAUUUAAGUUACUUGGGUGACAGCAAUAUGAGCCACUCGAAAUGGCACACAUCACAUGAUUUAGAAAGUUUAGCGAAAGAAAAAUUCCCAUUAAAAGAAUCCAAUCCAAAGACUGAAACGUUUCCGAGGUCAAAAGAAAAUAAAGAAAAUUCGAAAGAGCCAUUGUACCAGGAGAAACUUUUAGCGGUACAAAAAUACAAUUCCUCGAAAUUGAGCAAUGAGAUAAGAAAACAAAUAGACAAAUCCCUGCAACUGAAGAUCAAGAAAAUAAUGAAUAAACCGAUAAAGUUGCUAAGAUCAACUGAUUCAGAUUCAGUUGAAAAAUUUGUGGAGCCAUUUACAAAUAAAUUAGGUGUUUUCGAACAAUUGAAUCAAAGCUCUUCACAAGAAAACCUAAUACUGAGGCCAGGAAAGAAUAUAGACUCUUAUUUAAGGAAAGAAUCCGAAUUAGAAGAAACAGCUUCUUCAAGUUCCUCCCAGGAAAUAAAUUCAAGUAAAAAGCCACUACGUCUAUUAGCCAAUCCGUACUCCCCCAGAGACUCUGAAUUAAAGGGCGUAACAUUGGAAUCUAAGAUAGAAACUGAUUCUAAUGCAGCAUCGGGACCCAGAAUAAACUGUGGAACCACCGAGUAUAAAGGAUUGCCCCCUCUGAACUGGCAAGUAGUCUCAAUGGGCUCAGCUAAUCCAAAUAAUACUGUGAAGGAUGCUUCGGAAUCCAGCCUGGAAGAAGAGUAUUACUGUCCCAUUUACAUGUGCAGAUGCCUUAUAAAGUCGAACACAUUUGCUUCCCAUUUUAAGCGAGAUCAUAGAGGUAGGAAAAACGAAAGUGCUCUGUCGCAGGAAUAUUGCCAUAAAGUAGUGGAAGGCUUACCAAGGCAGUUCUCCUUCGAUGGCGAUUUCCUCACCAAAGGAAACACUUUCGUGGCACUACUCUUUUACAACAGUUUAACGAAGGAAAGAUCAAUUCCACUGCGGAAUCAUCCCCUGGCCUUACUAGCUGCUCCACAAAUGAUGAAGGAUGAUCCAUUAGCCGGCGUGCUCUUCUGGCUGGUCGGUUGUAACUCCUGUGCAAAACUUCUCGCCAAGCUCACAGUCUACGAUCCAGUAGAUCGAAUUGGACGGAGUAGGAUUAUAAGGCCACGUGUUUUGUCCCAGAACCAAGACCCACGAGAAUUCGCCAACAAUUGUAAAGACUAUUUGCUUAUAGCAGUUCCACAUAACGAAAGGACGUUUCAGAUAAGUGUGGUCAUAGAUGAAAGUCAAACGUAA